AUGGGAUUCGGGUGCACAGCAAAAUUUAACCCCAGCAGGACACCAUUUGUGUGCGAAAGUCGAGCCGGAGAACAUUCGCAAGCUGUGUUUCAUAGAGACUUCGGUAAAUGGCACGUUAGAACGCACCGAUGGACGCAAAAACCAUCAGUCACAGAAAAUCCAGCACAAAAGACAGAAAAUUCGAUCCAAAACCAAGAUACAACAAAUAGCACAUUGCAGAUUGAAGAGCCGUCAUGGAAUUUUCCUGGUAUUCAAGGAAAUCUACUCUUUCGCUUCUUCUACAGCGACAUACAUUAUUUAGAAGAAAAACGUUAUAUCAGAUGGGACUUGGACAGGUCUACUGACACCGUGAACAUUUACAUUACAGAUAUGUAUCGAAAGGAAUUUACUAAAGAAACCAUUGACGCUGCGAUUACAAAACUGUCAACUUUGAGAGAAGGUGUGGUCAAUUUCAAAGCGGAAGAGUUUCCUAAAAUAGCUGCUGAAUUGCAACACUAUGUUCAAGACUUUAAUAAUGAAAGCUAUCGGUCCUCUUUGCUUCAAUAUUGUCCCAAGUCCAUGGAAGUUAAAAUAUACUCCGAUCCAAACGGCAAUAUGGAACAUGUUAAAACAGUAUUAAUUUCCUAUAUGAAAUUCUGUCUUGAUGAUGUGCGUUCUCAGAUGAAAGAAUCAUAACUGGCCGGUUCUCAAAACAAUGUUAAUAAGAAUGUAAACAUGACAAGACCAUGCUUCAAAGUUGUAUGAUAGUAGUUUUCAAGUAAGGAGGUAUCAUUGUCGGAGGAUCAUAAUAUCAUCUUAUUGUACAUAAACAAGCCAAACUGCUUGACAACAAUAAAGUGAUGGCAGGACUCAGUCUAACGUUUUUAUUACAUAUAAUGUUCACAUAGAUCUAUUUUAGGAUAGCCAUGAAAUCAUUUUUGAUAACUGGAUGAUUUGGACGAACUGGAAAAAGACGUUUUAGAAAAUAAUCACAAAGCUCCAGUUUCUGCCAUUAUAUUUAGGUAGACUUUGUAUCUACUUUUGUAUCAAGGAAAUCUACUCUUUCGCUUCUUCUACAGCGACAUACAUUAUUUAGAAGAAAAACGUUAUAUCAGAUGGGACUUGGACAAGUCUACUGACACCGUGAACAUUUACAUUACAGAUAUGUAUCGAAAGGAAUUUACUAAAGAAACCAUUGACGCUGCGAUUACAAAACUGUCAACUUUGUUUUUAUUACAUAUAAUGUUCACAUAGAUCUAUUUUAGGAUAGCCAUGAAAUCAUUUUUGAUAACUGGAUGAUUUGGACGAACUGGAAAAAGACGUUUUAGAAAAUAAUCACAAAGCUCCAGUUUCUGCCAUUAUAUUUAGGUAGACUUUGUAUCCAAGUGUAGUCAAGACUAGACAUUAAAAAAAAAGUAGUGCUAAUUGGAUCCAUACCUCCAUUCAUUUAGUUUGUCUACUAGAGAUUGUCGAAUGAAGUUUGUGAUCUGAUAUUCAGCUGCCGAAUUAAAUUGUAAUCUGAUAUAAGAAUAACUAUGAACGGGUGAUGAAGGUUUUGAUUUAUUUCUUUUCUUAUUAUUAACAUCAUUUACGACCAAAAGGGGUGAAAAUUCCAAGUAGCCAUUGGUUGAUAGUGUUAUUUACGUAAUCUAUAUUUAGUAUUUGUCUAUGUUAACUGAACAUU